CAUAACAGGAUAUUUGGUGAAAACCGGACCGGACCAGUUGCUGGAACGCCAGACAGGAUCAGCUCAUAUACAGAUAUACUGUCACAAACACAGGUAUGCAGAUAUACAGUCACACACAGACACAGUCACAGUCGCACACGUGUGUCUUGAGGAAGAACGUUUUGCAACUCUCGCAAUAACUAUGCGGAAGCACGGGGCGUGCGGACAUGACAGCUGAGAGUGGCCGCCCUGCUCCCUGCUAGACUCCAGCAACAUCAGUCUGGACAGUAGCACCGGCUGCACGGAUCACUGUGCCCACCAGAGAGGAUGGCACUGGCAGCAGAUAAGAAACUCCUGACUAAGCUGGUGAUGGCUGGGGACUCUAACGUUGGGAAGACGUGCAUUGUUAGCCGGUACACGGACAACACGAUCCCCUCCUACAUCUCCACUGUGGGCAUUGAUUUUAAAACAAAAACUAUCAACAUUGACGAUGCAGAAUUAAAACUUCAGAUCUGGGAUACAGCCGGACAGGAACGUUUCCAUACCCUAAGUGUCAGCUAUUUCCGUGGCGCUCAAGGAUUUGUUCUUGUUUAUGAUAUCACGAAUCCAGACUCAUUUGAAAACACAUCUUUAUGGAUGAAAGAUAUUACAAUGAAAGCUGGUGAAGAAGUGGAGGUAGUUCUCUUGGGAAAUAAGUGUGACAUGGAAGACAAACGUGAGGUUUCAAAAGAGAGAGGGGAAAAGCUUGCCUGGGAAUAUGGGAUACCAUUUUAUGAGACAAGCGCUAAAGAAAAUAUCAAUAUUGAGAAUGCAUUUUAUAGAUUGUCAGAGGCCAUCUAUGCAAAGCGUUCAUCGCUGUUGAUAGACCAGAACGUGGUGGAUUUGAGAGAACCAAAGAAAAGCACUUCAUGUAUGGCUUGUAGGUGAUUGAUGUAAGCCACAUCCCUGAUGCUCUGAAAGGAAACUCACAUGGAUACCAGAGGGAUAUGUGGUUGAUUGCAAAAAUGACUCAAGCUGUCAAAUAUAUCAUAUGUAUUUCUAUACAAAGCCAUCCUCCCAUCACUGCGCUAACUGCUUACUAUGUCUGUGCAUUGUAAAACAUAUUUAUGUAUUUAUUUUCACAUUGCCACAGAGUCCUUUAUUAGAAAUACUAUAGUAAAGUGAUUGUAUGUGACAA